CUAACUGCAUUACAGAUCGCAAUAACUUCAUUGAUACCUCCUCAUCUCAUCAUACGAAACAAUACACCUACAGUAUCUUCUCAAACUUCUAAUCAAACUUCUUCUCAAAUUUCUAGCGAAACAUCUUCUCAAUCUUUCAGUCGAACUCCUUCACAAUCAUACAGCCGAACUCCAUCACAACAAAGUAUGAUGACAUCAGAUAUUAUUAUAAAAUAUCCUAAUAUCAAUGUACUAAAGAGUUACCGAUCAAGUUACGAAGAAGUAAUAAGUCACCAACUAAGUCAUGAAAGUCAUGAAGAAGAAGCAG